AUGGGCUCCUGCGUGUCGCGAGAUCUCUUCACAGGUGUCCCCAAGGAUUGCCCCAUGCCCCCGGGCGCAGGCCCCCUGAGCCCACUGCCCGCCAGCUGCCCGCCCGCCUUCAUCCCGGACUAUGUCACCGGCAAGGACAAACACAUGGAUUUCUGUUGGGAUCCUUGGCAGAGAUGCUUCCAGACCACCAACGGCUACCUGUCCGACUCCAGAUCCUGCUCCAGCAGCUACCACGUGGCAGCCCUGGCCACCUCGUCCCUUGUGGGGGUGGUGCAGAGCAUCAAGGACCACAUCACGAAGCCCACGGCCAUGGCGCGUGGCCGCGUGGCCCACCUCAUCGAGUGGAAGGGCUGGCGGGCCCCGCGGGCGGGCUGGGAGCUGUCGCCGGCCGAGGACGAGCACUACUGCUGCCUCCCGGACGAGCUGCGCGAGGCCCGCUUCGCUGCCGGGGUCGCUGAGCAGUUCGCCAUCACAGAGGCCACCCUGAGCGCCUGGUCCUCGCUGGACGCCGAGGAGCUGCACCCCGAGAACAGCCCCCAGGAUGCCAUCCAGCUGCAGGACCUGGACGGCGUCUACCUUCCGGACAGUCUUCUGAGCGGCCCCUCGCAGGACGACAGUCUGCUGGCCUUCUCCUCCCCUGGCCUCUCCCCUGACGGUUGGCCCUCACCCGAGGAGCCCCCCAUCACAGCUGCUGUCCCCCAGCCCCCCAGCCCCGAGCAGCAGCACCGGCCCCGGCUGCCCGGGGGCCUGCAGGGCUCCCUCCCCUCGGUGGACAGCGGCUCCCUCUCGGAGGAGGACGAGGUGUUUUAUAACUGA